AUGGACAAAAGUUGGAUGAAUCUCCAUGAUAGGCUUAGAUCAGCUGAAUAUGCAGAAGGUGUUGAGCAGUUCCUCACAUUGGCAAGAAACCACGCAGCUGGAAGUGACCAUAUUCGAUGUCCGUGCCGUGUAUGUGCUAAUAACAUUUGGUUACCUAUAAGUGAGGUGGAAACUCACUUGUUCAUUACAGGGAUUAAUCCUAACUACACAGACUGGAUAUUUCUCGGGGAGGAGGAAGUAUGGAAUGUGAUCGAUGAUAAAGAUAAUGUUGAGGCCGUUAGUGAUGAAGCAAAAUACAUUGAUGACAUAGAUGAGAUGUUAGAUGACUUCAAGGCUGGGACGUUCGGUGAAGGAACCUCGGGCAACCCCAUCCAUGAUGGCCCGACUCCUAUACCUAACAUUAAUCAAAGCAACGCAUUUGAGAAACUAUUAAAUGAUGCCCGACAGCCACUCUUUGACGGUUGUGCACAGUUUUCCCAACUCUCCUUCAUUGUGAAGUUGCUACAUAUUAAAACAAUUGGGGGCUGGUCAAUAAAAUCAUUUGACAUGUUACUUGAGUUGUUGAGGUUUGCAUUUCCUAAUGCUCUCUUGCCACGCUCAUACCAGGAGUCACGAUCAUUGCAGCGGGGUUUGUGCUUUACAUACACCAAAAUUCAUGCUUGCCGUAAUGAUUGCAUUUUAUUUUGGAGGGAACAUUCCAACCUAAAUGAGUGCCCUCAAUGUGGGGUUUCACGGUGGAUGUCAACCACACACAACAAACGCCUAAUCCCUCAGAAGGUCCUACGUCAUUUCCCCUUGAAACCAAGGUUACAGCAGCUAUUCAUGUCACAGAAGGCAGCUUCUGAUAUGAGAUGGCAUAAAGAGUAA